UUGAACAUUUGUUUUUUCGACGUUUGAUAAUCAUACAAAAAAAUAUGCUUUCAUCUCGUGGUAUUUCUAAAAAUAAAAGGAUCUAUUGUCUGGCUAGGUCAGACCGCAUCAACGCUCUCAGAAAGCAGUAUGACGCAUUUCUGGAAGAAGAUAAAAAACGAAAGGAAAGAAAUGAUUUUAUUCUUGGAAAGCUCGACAAAAUGCGGUAUACCACAGCUUUGGUACGACACAAGCCCAAUGCGCUUGAACCUCGUUUUGCCAUGAUGGAUCGUAUCGCAUAUCAGCCAGUUCGAGACCUCCAACCGUCACUAAAAACCCCGAGCCAUUUGCUUUUUGAUAUGCCAGUUAGAAGUACCGAAGAUGUUUUAAUACAAGAAAUAAGUAAGAAAUACAUACUCAUUCCAAAACUGAGAACGACAUUCAUUAAUGAUCAUAAUAACAUAUGGAAUGAUACGGCUAGCCAAAUCCAAAAUCCAGAAAAAUUGCCCGAUAGACGUCCCACGCAGAACUCAGUCCCUAUAAAUGAUUUAAAACUCAAUCCUAACGAAAAUACAGACUGGAAGGAUAAAUAUGAAAUUCUAAAUAUACUUAAAAAUGAAGAAAAGGAGAAACAAUCAGGAAAUACUUUCAUUGAAUUUAAAGAGGGCCCGAAACAUUUCGGUCAGACUGAAAGCUUUUUGGAAAACAAUCAAGUUCCUAGUAAUUACGACAGGGAUAUAACUGAAGCAAUGAAAGUUACAGAAAUUCCAGAAAAAGAUUUACCUAAUGAUAAAUUGAUUUAUGGCUUACCGGACACUAGUCAAGUAAGCCAUACAGCAAGUACAGUAGAAAAUAAAGGAACCACAAAUCCCGAUCAUUUAAUGGCUAUUGACGAUAAAUUUAAAUCGAUUUUAUUAGAUGACGAACCCGAAGUCAAAAACACUGAUGUGCCAGAAGAAAAUACAGAUGAUUAUGAACGACAGAAUGUGCCUAAUUUAAAUAUGAGCCCAAAAUAUGAACCUCAAAAAGUAAAUAUAACUCAAAACUAUGAACCACAGAAUGCAACUAAUUUAAGUAUGACUCAAAACUAUGAACCACAGGAUGCGACUAAUUUGAGUAUGAGCCAAAACUAUGAACCACCGGAUGCAACUAAUUUGAGUAUGGGCCAAAACUAUGAACCACAGGAUGCAACUAGUUUGAGUAUGGGCCAAAACUAUGAACCACAUGAUGCAACUAAUUUGAGUAUGAGUCAAAACUAUGAACCACAACAUGCUACUAAUUUGAGUAUGAGCCAAUAUGAACUACAGGUUGAGUCUAAUGUAAAUAUAAGUCCGGCAAUGAUUAAUGAUGAGGGAAAUCAUCUCACUGAGGAAAAUGCUUACUAUCAAGAAGAGUACUCCGUUGAAGGAGAUUCCAGCAAUUUACAAAAUAAUAGUUUAUCUGCCGUACAACAUGAGCCAUCAUAUUCAGGAGCUAUGGUUUAUGAAGACAGCAAUGAUGUCGGUCCGACGACAAUUUUAGACCAUAAUAUACCAGAGACAUUGGACGUGACAAAUGAUCAAAUUACUGGUGUUAAUUAUAAUGAACCUGUGAAUCUACAACCAGAACACGCCUCUCAACCGCCAGAACAUGCACACCAAGAACCAGAACCCGCCAAAGAAGAACUUGAACCAAGUAAAGAACAACCCACCAAUUUUACUGACAUGACAGAAUCCAUACAAGAAUUUGAUAGUGAACAAAGAGGAAUGUUCUUUCCAGAAUCUGUUGAAGAUUAUCCUAGUCAACAAGGUGAUGGAACAACUGCUUUAGGAUUUGCUUCAAACGAAUACGCGCAGAACGAAGCAUAUAAUUAUUAUGAAAACACUCAACCUGAGGCAUAUCCCGUUGAGCUAACUGAUGAUGAAAUUACACAACGAUACGAUCCACAUUAUGAACAACAAUAUGCAGGUGUAGAAGAGAGCGUAGAAGGACAGGAAUAUCAACAAUAUCAACAGCCUGAGGUUGUUGAACAACCUGAACCACAUGUAGACAUGAUGCAAUAUGACCAACAAUUUGUAAAUCAGGGAAUGAUUGAACAAGAUUUGGAUGUCGAAGAUAGUUAUGCAACACAGCAGAAUGACUUUGUUGUACAACCUGAAGCUGAAACGGUUCAAGUUAAUGAAUUUGUCAACGAAGAGCCCGUAAAGAUAUCUGAACCUGUUAGGACAUAAAACCGAAUAUCAUACUGUUACACCUAUUUACUUUGCGACAUAUUUCUGUUAUUAAUUUGUAAAUUAACUAUUUGGAAAUGAAAUGAAAAUUUUACAAUAUAGCUUUAUGCUUAGGCAAGUAUACGUAAUAUUUUGCUUUACUUAGAUCAGGGCUGUUCAAACUAUAUACCCUCGCGAACUAAUUAAAUUUAUUACAAAAGCUGGAGGGCCAGAAAAAUAUUUUCAGUUG